AUGUUCAAAGGAAAUCUGAAGAAAACAUACAGCUGUGACGAGUGUGGGAAGGAUUUUGCUGUGAAGGCUAAACUAAAACAGCAUCAGGUCAUCCACACUGGAGAGAGGCCGUUCAGCUGUGACUUGUGUGGAAAGUCUUUUUCCAGGAAGGGUCACCUAAAAGAACACCAACUUAUCCACAGUGGAGUUAAAGCGUACACCUGUGAUCAGUGUGGCAGAGCUUUUACUCACAGUAGCCACUUACAGAGUCAUCUAGUUACCCACUCUGGAAUUAAGGCAUACAGCUGUGACAUCUGUGGAAAAACUUUCAGCCAGAGAGGAAGCCGAAAUAUACACCUACGCAUUCACACCAGACAUGAUGUGUACAGCUGUGACGAGUGUGGGAAGGAUUUUGCUGUGAAGGCUAAACUAAAACAGCAUCAGGUCAUCCACACUGGAGAGAGGCCGUUCAGCUGUGACUUGUGUGGAAAGUCUUUUUCCAGGAAUCGUUCCCUUAAACAACACCAACUUAUCCACAGUGGAGUUAAAGCGUACACCUGUGAUCAGUGUGGCAGAGCUUUUAAUCGCAGUAGCCACUUACAGAGACAUCUAGUUACCCACUCUGGAAUUAAGGCAUACAGCUGUGAUGAGUGUGGGAAGGAGUUUACUGGGAAUGCUUCACUAAAACAGCAUCAGGUCAUCCACACUGGAGAGAGACCGUUCAGCUGUGACUUGUGUGGAAAGUCUUUUUCCAGGAAUCGUUCCCUAAAACGACACCAACUUAUCCACAGUGGAGUUAAAGCGUACAGCUGUGAUCAGUGUGGCAAAGCUUUUACUCAAAGUAGCAACUUACAGAGACAUCUAGUUACCCACUCUGGAAUUAAGGCAUACAGCUGUGACAUCUGUGGAAAAACUUUCAGCCACAGAGGAAGCCGAAAUGUACACCUACGCAUUCACACCAGACAUGAUGUGUACAGCUGUGAACAGUGUGGCAAACAGUUUAUAACUCACGCAGAGUUACAACGCCACAUGUUUAACCACACUGAGGGACGACCUUAUAAAUGUGACCUGUGUGAGAAGACUUUUAAAUCUCCACAUUACCUGAGACAACACCAACAGAUCCACACCAGAAAGAGACUCUACAAGUGCAGUUACUGUGAGAAGCAGAGCGACACAGAAGGAUCCAGUUCUCAACCCUGUCAUCACUGUGGUGGUGGGAAAGAGUUUCAUUGUGACCUCUGUGGAAAAACUGUCAGUUCGCAAGCUACCCUAAAAACACAUCAACGUAGACACAGUGGAGACAAACUGAAAUACUGCAAAGAAUGUGGGAGAAGCUUCACCAGAUCAUAUGACUUAAAGAAACAUGAACUGAUUCACAGUGGGGUUAAAAAGCACCUCUGUGAUCAGUGUGGGUCAUCCUUCACCACUGCAGGUGACCUUAAAACCCACAAACGAGUCCACACAGGAGAGAAACCAUACAAGUGCAGACACUGUGACAAAAGCUUCUCACGUUCAGGUAAUCGUAACAAUCAUGAACGUACACACAUGGAAGGAAACUACAGCUGUGACCAGUGUGACAAGAGCUUCAGGAUUCUCAGUUCAUACUCUGAACACAAACGAUCCCACGUUACUAAUAAACUGUUUCACUGUUACCAAUGGCUGCCCGGCUUCCAGCUGCUGCCGGCGGACAAGACGAGAGACAGCGGUGAGAGGAAAGGAGGGGGGCUGGCAGUGUUUGUUAAAGACAGUUGUGGUAUCCCUGGGCACAUCGCUGUGAAAGAACAACUCUGCAACACAGACAUUGAGACAUUAGCCGUUAGCAUCCGUGGAGGCAGCCUGUGA